AUGCCAAAACCUGUAGAGCGACUCUCAAGAAGCGAUGGCCGCUUCAGCACUUCCACCGAGCGCAUGAACAGCUCUUCUAUGGAUCUCAAUGACCCUUCACUUCAGCUGGAGGAGAAGAGUUUCCAGCUGGUUGCUGGCGGGACCAGCGACCAGCUGCGAUGGCUUGAGAUUGACAACGGCGUCAAGAAGGAUGACGACGACGCGCCCAUCAGCGAGUUGAGCCCCAGCGAGGAUCCCUCUAGUGAGGAGCCCUCUAGCGAAGACGCUCUUGACGAGAUUCCGGAAGGCGACAACGCCGACGGAGAGAACGCUGAUGGCGAGAUUGUCGUCAGUGAGAAUGCCACCAGUGUUCAUGUUCCCAGCGUCAAGGCCGUCAGCGUCAAGGCCACCAGUGUCAAGGCCGUCAGCGUCAAGACGGCAAGCGAGAAGAUUGCCCUCGAUGAUGCUACCGACGUCGACCCUGACGAGGCUAUCAACUACGUGCUUCAGUGCAACGACGACGUCAACCAUCAUCUGCGACAGAUUAACGACGCCCUCAACCUCAUCAGCAUCAUGGGCCCGACGCGUAGUGGCAAAUCGACACUCAUGAACCUUCUCGCCGGAUGCACGGAGGAGCCUCUGUUUUCCACCAGCCCCGGGGCUGAAUCCUGGACAAGAGGUACAAACCUGGGAAACAAGAUUAUGGGUGCCAAGGAGUUCUCCAGACUUGAUGAAGGCGUAGAGGUGCCAUUGGCAAACCCUCAAAAGGUUGCCUUCCUCGACACUGAAGGCCAUGGAGACCAGGGUGACUUGUACGACAUCAUGCUCUUCACUCCCGCCAUUCUAUGCUCUCGUGUCAUCGUUUUCAACACUACAGAUGUUGCCAAGGACACCAUCCUGACGAGCUUGGCGAUGAUGACGCUGGCCGCUAACAAGCUAAAUUUCGGUGGCGACAAGAAGACCAGCGGGCCAAAGUUUGGUCAGUUGGUCAUCAUCAUCAACAAGUAUGAUCUUGGAGGCUCGGUGGAUGAUGUCAGAAAGAAUAUCCUCAGAAAAGAAAUUGGCAGGACCGAGGCGGUUAAGAGGAGAAACAAGAUUCGAGAGAAGCUGGCCUCCGAAUUCGAAGAUGUUACUGUUCACCUGCUCCGCGGCAACUCUCUCAAGGAGGGAGUGCAGGCCCAGAUCAAUGACAAGACCAAGGAGUUCCUUGUUCUCGAUGAUUUCAACGACAACUACGUCAAAGACUUCAAGAACCUGCGAGCCCAGCUGUCCCAGAUGCUCCGAACUCCUCGACUCGUCGCCGGAGCUCCCUUGUCCGGUGCCUCAACCGCAGAUUUCGUGUCAAGCAUCGUCAAGUCAAUCAACCGGCUUGAGCAGAAUGGCCAGCUUCACGUGCCCGAUAUUUGGCGGGCCGCCGAGAACGAGGCCAUUAACAGAUCUCACAUCAAACUCCACCACGACUUUAGGGAAGGAUGCAAUAAGCUGAUCCAGGACCCAACGCUCAUCAGCACCAAGGAUUGCAACAAGAAACUCGAUCGUAUUAUGCACAAGUGCAUGGCCGAUGUGCGUAAUUCGCUCAAAUAUCUCUCACAACAGACCAUCAAGGAUACGUGCGAGAGUCUUGUAAAGGAGUCGGAUGGCCAGCGAAAUGAAGUCUUGGCCGCAAACCUUCAAAAGAUUGAGGCAUUCGCCGAGAAGGAGCUGGCCGAUUUGAUUGCCUCAAUACAAGACACCGUGAAUGAUGCAGUCUCCGACUUCAAAUCCAUUUCUUCCAACACCGCAGAGAAGAUGUUGGAUCAGCUUCACGGCGACCUGCUCGAGGCCUACAAGAAGAAGAUCUCAUCCUACGACGAGCAGGCUCUGAGGGGAAAUUACGCCGUCACAUACGACCGCGCAUUCUUCACGGCAGCGGCGAUUGCCAAGCAGAACCUCAAAACCGCUUGGGCUUCAUGGCUUGUUGAGCAGGACACGACGAGCUCCGAAGCGAUUGCCGCCGCCUUUGAGAAGCUUUACCAGGAGACUCUGAUAGGCGAUGAGUCGAUCUGGGAGACGAGCGCGGAUGAGGAGCAGAGCUCUCAUCUCACGCACUACAACAACACCAUCGAUACUGAGUAUCUGUGGGAGAAUGCAGAAACGAUCAAGACGAAUUACGCUGAAAAGGUCAACAAGGCCAAGAGCCUUGUAAAGGCAAAGGUGACUGUUCGAGAGCAGGAGAUGGCCAAGGACGUUGCCCAGGAACUCGAAAAACAUCUCGCAGCUUAUCAGAGGCAGCUGGACGAGUCUCUGCUGCCCAAGGACGAUGUCGGAGAGUUCAAGGCCCUCACCGACACCACAGCAACCCGUGAGAAGCUCAUUACUUUCUUAAAGGAGAAGUCCAUGAGCAACCGACUGUACGACCACUACCUGAACGAGUUUGACAACCAACUGUCCUCCAAGAAGAGCACGUUUGGCGACAAGUACUCAGCCGUUCUAAAGGAAUUCCUGUCAUACAUUGACAAGGAGCUUGACCGAGUCGUCAAGGCCCAAAUCGACGACUUCAAGAACCAGAGCGACACGCUCCAAGUCACCAGGUUCCUCUCCAAGGAGAAAAUCACAUCCCACCUCGCCACCUGCGAAAGCACCGCCAAGGCCGCCUUCGAGAGCAACGUCGCCCACCUCAGCCUCUCGCAAGAAGAGGCCAAGCUCCGCGUCACCGAGGCCCGCAACCGGCUGGCCAGCGGCAUCUCCGACUACCACAUCGCCAAGCUGCUGCUGCUCGACUCCCUCGUCAACAAGUGGAACCGCCAGGCCCUCAACCGAUGCGUCAACGAGGUCCUGUCCGGCGUCGUCGACUUUACGCUGGACACGCCCGAGAAGCUGGAGGAGGCCGUCCGGAAGGCCAAGAUGACCUACUUUGGAGAGGCUUGUGGUGAGAUGACGAAACAGGCCGAGACUUGGGAGACUUUUGAACGCAAAGCCGACACGCUGUACGAGAACAUUCGCCGCGCUCAAGCUGUCUUCAAGUUAAAGGGCAUCAGCUAUGAAUCAACGACCUCGGAGCUGGAAUCCAAAGUCAUACACGGGAUAAGCCGCCCCUUCGCUGACCUAGCCAAUCUCCUCGGCAUGUCCUGGAUAUCCAGCGGGUCAGAAUUCCAGCAUGAGCUCCACCCCGAAGGCAACUCAAGGUCAUAUCUGCUCAAGAACUUGAGCAAGCCAAAAGGAUACGGCAACAAGCAGUGCACAAGUCUCCGCUUCGACAACUGGACGGCCGAGUUUUCUGAUUUCGUAUUCGACGAGCCCAUCAUCCAAGAGCUGUCUCCUUUCACCUUUGAUGCUGAAACAAAAAAAAAAUCCAUACAGGUCAAAACUCUCACAGUGCCAGCCCAGGACGAGAACACUCAGGUCAACAUCGCCAUCAAGGAAGAAAAGACGGAGGCAAUCACUCACUCCAACGCCGCCAUGUUUACCGCUCAAAACGAGUAUGCCUCCGCCACCGGUAUUGACCAAGUCGUCACCGAGCACAUCAAGGCCGCUUUCAACGGAUCAGACACCUUCGUAGACACCAAGCGCAACGAAGUCACCCUCAACAUCGACUUCGACUGCCCCGUCAUCUGUCCCGCAAACCGAGCAACCACCGUCACUUGCUCCGGCUACACACAGCUCAUGUCCAUCACCUACACCGCCAAGAUGAAGCUCGUCCCCGAAGUCACCUUCACAGGAGGCUACGUCCGCACCGGCAGCAAAACCGGCGAAGCCCCCAACUUCCUCAAGGGCGAGACCAAGAAGCGCGUCUACACGGACAUUCCCAACGGUCCCGCCAACGAGCUCAAGGACAAGGCAGCUUCCAACGCCGACCCGUGGGAGUGGACCGAGGCUCUCGCCAAAAACCCCAACAUCCAACCCCUCGUCGACCGCAUCAGCGAUCCGCAAUGCUACGAAAUGUACGUCCGCGGAAAGUGGGAAGGCAUCAGCGGUUGGAAAUUCGUCAUCCAAACCGACAUCAAGACUGCAUAA